UUGGCACUAUUUUCCAACCUCAUCCGUUCAACCACCCCCGUAAAUUACACCAACAUCACGGUCUUUCCCGGGAAUUCGCACAGAAUGGAAAACCCCACGUACACUAGGAGUUCUAUUUCCCUCGCUUCCUCGGAUCUCUGUGCAGCGCUCUCUCUCUCAUUCCACUAAACACUAUCAUCACCAUUCAGUUGUAUACCACAAACAAGUGCUAGGGUUCUGUUUUCGCCCAAAUUCUGUUGUUUUUUCUUCGGACACCAAUGGCUGUAACCCAAGGAAAAACGGGUGGUUCGAAAACGGAACCAGAAUCUACCGCUAGAAUCUCAGAUUCAGGUAUGACAAGUGGUGCAACGGUGUGUGCGAGCGGCAAUGUGAAGAACGAGGGCAGUUUCGGAUCGCAGAUCGAUACUUCGGUUCCGUUUGAGUCCGUGAAGGAGGCAGUGAGUCGAUUCGGUGGACUGGGUUAUUGGAAACCCCACGACAAGAGGCUGGCCGAACCCGAGCAGCAUCGCAUGGAAGAGGUUGACGUUACUAAACCAGAGGAAAAGGCAGCACAGUUGGACAAAGACCUUAUCCUAAAAGAGAGGAAAACACAGGAGGUCUUGAAAGAACUGGAGUCGACCAAAGCAAGUGUCGAAGAAUUGAAAUCAAGUUUACCAAAAGAAGCAUCUGGAUUUAGUUCGACCCUUGAGACAAAUAUAGAUGAUAAGAACAUGAUUCAUAAGGUGAAAAAGGAAGAUAAGGGAAACCAUGUGAAUCCGAAUUCAGUGGAAGGUUUGAGCUCAUGCCCUUGUUCAGCUCCAGGUUUAAUCUUGUUGGAACUCAAACAAGCUAAGUUGAACCUCACCAGGAGCACUAAUGAUCUUUCUGAGAUUAGAGCUUCUGUUAAAUCGUUUAACAAGAAAUUAGACAAGGAAAGGAUCUCACUCGGAAAAACCCAUGAGAGGUUAACUCUAAGUUCUUCAAAAGUAUCCUCUCUUGAGGAAGAGUUAAACCAAACAAGACUAAAGCUACAGUCGGUAAAAGAUUCUGAAAUUAAAGUUGGUUCUGAUCAUGCGUUAGAUAUUUCGGAGGAGCUCCAAAGACUGAGUUCCGAAGCAGAACAAUUCAAAAAACUGGGAGAAGCUGCAAAGUCAGAAGUUCUGAGAGCAAUGUCCGAGAUUGAACAGACAAAAAAUAAGAUAAAAACAGCUGAAAUCAGGUUGGUUGCAGUUCGAAAAAUGAAGGAAGCAGCUAGAGCGGCAGAAGCUGUUGCUCUUGAAGAUAUCAAGGCUCUAUCGAACCAUGUGACCCCGUCUAGAAACCAUUUGCAAAAUCCUGACAGAGUAACUCUUUCGUUCAAAGAGUACUCUUCUCUGGCCAGCGAAGCUCAGCAGGCUGAGGAACUUUCUAAGAGGAGAGUAAUAGAUGCUAUGCUUCAAGUUGAUGAAGCAAAUGUAUCCAAAAUGGAGAUCUUAAAAAGGGUGGAAGAAGCUACAGAGGAAGUUAAAAUUAGUAAGGUGGCAUUGGAAGAAGCUCUGAACAGAGUGGAAGCUGCAAACAGGGAGAAGCUAGCAGUUGAGGCGGCUCUUCGUAAAUGGAUACCCGAGCAUGGCCAGAGAAGACGUUCUGUCCACAACUCUACCAAGUUUAAGAACUCUUGCCCGUCCCUCCAUCGAAGAGAGUCCCACCCACUUCACUUGAACGGGCUGAAUCUGGCUAGUGAUGGUUCCACACCUGUAUUGAAGCCAACACUAUCAAUAGGACAAAUACUAAGCAUGAAGCUGCUUAUGAAAGAGGAGUUUGAAUCAGGGAUGCUGGCACAGAGAAGCUCCGUGAAGCGAAAGGUAUCACUGGGUGAGAUGCUUAGCAUACAAUACAGUGAUCAACCUUCCCUUCGGAAGGCUGAGAGGGAGAAGAGUGGUCGGAAGCAGUUCUCUGCAAAGAGAAAGCAGUCUGGAUUUGCUAGGUUCUCCCUACUUUUGGCAAAGCAAAGCAAGAAAAAGAAGAGGCCAACUCCAAACUUGAGGUAACGCGGUAAGUUAAUCAAGGUCCCAAUUACUUGUAAAAAAAAUCAAGAUCUCAGUCAAGCACUGACUUAAAAUUUAUUUUUUCAGUCCCCUUCUUUUCGUUCUGAAGUGCGUUCCUGGUUUAAAAUUAUGUAUGAUUGUGGUUCAAUAUUGGGUAUCUCGGCCUGUUAUUUGGUAUUUCCUUCCUGAUUGUGCUGCUUGUAAAGCUGUUCGUUAUUUUUACAUAAUCCUCAACUUUCUCUUAUGGCGGGUAAAAAGCCCAUAUUUGCCUGUUUGGCCUUA